UAAGAAGGCCGGAGCUGCAGCCGAGGUGCAAGGGGUCUUCUAAUUGCAGUGGACUUCAGUGGAAGAGCCUCAUUUGUCUCUUACUUGUUUUCAAAGCAAAACAGGGGAAAGAGCCAGGAUGGUGGAGGCUUUCUGUGCUACCUGGAAACUGACCGACAGUCAGAACUUUGAUGAGUACAUGAAGGCUCUCGGUGUGGGCUUUGCCACUAGGCAGGUGGGAAACGUGACCAAACCAACAGUGAUCAUCAGUCAGGAAGGGGACAAAGUGGUGAUCCGGACUCAAAGCACGUUCAAGAAUACAGAGAUUAGCUUCCGUCUGGGUGAAGAGUUUGAUGAAAUCAGUGUAGAUGACAGAAACUGUAAGUCUGUUAUUAGCCUGGAUGGAGACAAACUUGUUCAUGUACAGAAAUGGGAUGGCAAACAAACAAAUUUUGUAAGAGAAAUUAAGGAUGGCAAAAUGAUUGUGACUCUUACUUUUGGUGAUGUGGUUGCUGUUCGCCACUAUGAGAAGGCAUAGAAAAGUUCCUGGUGUGGACUGGAAGUUUUUCUGUAUUUCUGUUUACUGAAGUCUCAGUGCUGUCCUGUUACAGCAAGGAUGACCACUACUUGGAAGGUUAACCUUGGUGCGGAGGUAGAAAAUAGUGAUUUAAAAACUUGUUACUCCAAACAGCCAGUCCAGUUUUGAUAUGAAAAUAUAUCAUGGUUUAUAAUUUGCAUCAAAGUUUAAAGUCACUUUUUUAUAAAGAAUUGAAUACAUUGUCUGUUUUUUUGUAAUGCAAAUAAAUUCAGAAUAAAAAUCUUA